AUGAUUGUUGUUGAUCGUUUAAUGCUGCUGCGUGAGGAGUUAAAGAAGGAUGAAGCAGCGCACGGUGCAAGAAUGACUUUUAUGCCGAUGAUAAUUAAGGCAGUUUCGCUGGCACUCACUCGAUUUCCUAGAUUAAAUGCAGUUGCUGAUGAAAACUUUCAAAAUAUCAUUUAUAAAGCGUCGCAUAAUAUCUCCAUAGCAAUGGAUACACCAGACGGGCUUGUAGUUCCUAAUAUCAAGCACUGCGAGCAGCGCACAAUAUGGGAAAUUGCAGCAGAGCUAAAUCGGCUUCAGGAGGCAAGUGGUCGUGCGCAAGUUGCUCCAGAGGAUCUGAAAGAUGGAACGUUCACGCUUUCCAAUGUUGGCAUGGUAAGUCGUCGUGUGCUAUAUUGUCAAAACUCCUACUACUUACACUGCAUGAGAGCGAGAAUCACUCGGGAAGUAGUCCGAGUAGUAGCAAAUGCCAGCAGCAACUACACGUUGAUAAAGCUGUCGAUGACUCCCUCUUUCGAACACUAUAAAGUAUAUUUCGCUUUUGUGGUUGCCCUGCAGAGCUAG